AUGGGUCUUUGUCAAAGUGAAGAGGAGAAAGUUGGUUCUCAAAAGAGUCGCGCAAUCGAUAAAGAGAUCAAACAGACUCAAUCAAACGAUGAACGAACUGUGAAACUUUUGUUGCUUGGAGCUGGAGAAUGUGGAAAAUCGACAGUGUUAAAACAAAUGAGACUUCUCACAUCGAAACAAUAUACGGCGGAAGAAUUGGAAACGCAGGCAAAGUUGGUAUUCACAAACAUUGUGAUCGAAAUGGAUCAUCUAGUCAAGGCAAUGCCGGCUGCAGGGGCAAAUUUUUCAGAUCCUCUGAGAGAGCAUGAUGUCCAUAUGAUGACACUCUACAUCAAAGAUAUGCAACAUAAAGAUUUCAGUAAAGACGCAUCUGAACAUGUGAAAAAAUUAUGGGCUGAUCCCGUCGUUAAGAAAAUGUAUGCAGAUCGAAGAGAACACAACAUAAGAGAUAUUGGUGAUAACACUGAAUAUUUCUUCGAGAAUCUUGAUAGAAUAUCAAAGAAAGAGUACACUCCAAAUGCAAUGGACACACUUCUCUUGAGAACAAAAACAACUGGAAUUGUGGAGGUUCAAUUUGAAAUUAAGAAAGUGAAAUUUAGAGUGUUUGAUGUUGGAGGUCAACGAUCAGAGAGAAAGAAGUGGAUUCAUUGUUUCGAAGAUGUCAAUGCAAUCAUCUUCAUCGCUGCUUUGUCUGAAUACAAUGAAGUUCUUUUUGAAGAUGAAACAACGAAUCGAAUGAUUGAGUCAAUGCGUUUAUUCGAGUCAAUUUGCAACUCUCGAUGGUUCCAUAACACGAAUAUCAUUCUUUUCUUGAAUAAGAAAGAUUUGUUCGCCGAGAAAAUCAAGCACGAGGGUAUUCAAAAGGCGUUCCCUGAGUAUCGAGGCCAACAAAACUACGAAGAAACCGUGGCAUUCAUAAAACAAAAAUUCGAAGCUCUAUCGAACAAUCCGAAGAAAACUUUCUACGUUCACGAGACGUGUGCAACGGACACAAACCAAGUACAGAAGAUUUUGGAUUCUGUAAUCUCAAUGAUAAUUCAAAGUAAUCUUCACAAGUCUGGACUCUAUUAG